AUGCCUACCCGAUUCUCGCGCACCCGCAAGCACCGCGGACACGUCUCCGCCGGUCACGGACGUGUUGGCAAGCACCGCAAGCACCCCGGUGGUCGUGGUCUGGCCGGUGGUCAGCACCACCACCGCACUAACCUCGACAAGUACCAUCCCGGUUACUUCGGUAAGGUUGGUAUGCGUUACUUCCACAAGCAGCAAGCCCACUUCUGGAAGCCCGUCAUCAACCUGGACAAGCUCUGGACCCUCGUCCCCGCUGAGAAGCGCGAGGAGUACCUCGCCGGUAAGGGCGACAAGGUCCCCGUCAUCGACCUCCUCCCCUUCGGCUACUCCAAGGUCCUCGGCAAGGGCCGCCUCCCCGAGGUCCCCAUCGUCGUCAAGGCCCGCUGGGUCUCCAAGCUGGCCGAGAAGAAGAUCACCGAGGCCGGUGGUGUCGUUGAGCUCGUCGCAUAA